AUGUACUGGCUCUACUUGACCUUCCGGCCGUGGCUUCACACCUUGUUCCUUGCCAUCCAGAUUGAUGCUGAAUCUCUCUGUGUCAGUCAACAUGCAACAUGCUGGGCUAGAAACGGACACAAGUCCCCGACGGUCCACAGAGGCUUCGUCAAGGUUGCAACAAAAAGCACCCAAGCCUCAAUUGCCCAAGCCACUGCAGGUGGUGGAGCGAAGCUAGUUUUCAAUUGGCGUGCAGGUGCUGUAUACCCUUUUCAGCAGCAUGGUGGAUGGCGGCAUCAUCAGCAUGAGCAGCAGAAUGAGUCAGCCAGCUGGCAAGAGAAAUGGCAGGAGAAGGGCCAAAAGGGCUAUUUUGGCAAACACGCCAUGAUGUCACACAAAGAACGCGAAAGCAAAGGUGCGAUGUGCGAUGUUAUAUACAGCAUUGCCUAA